AUGCCCUCCGCGAUGAAUGCCAAUGGGACGGUGCAGUCCGCCAGUCCAGAUGUGGGAUCCGCUCCAGGCAUAGUGGGUGGAAACACUCUCAGCGGGCGGUCUGAAGUCCUGAAGCAGGUGCUCCAAGUCAUUGAUAAGAAAGCGCGCAACAUGGAGAAGAAAAAGAGCAAGCUGGAUGAUUAUCAAGUGCGAAAGGAUAAAGGCGAGCCUCUUAACCAGGACCAGCUGGAGGCCCUAUGCAAAUACCAGGAGGUCGUUAACAACUUGGAAUUUGCCCGAGAGUUGCAGAAGACAUUCAUUACACUUGGUCAAGAUAUCCAGAAGGCGGUGAAGAAGUCUGCCCGGCGCGAGCAGCUGCAACGGGAGGAGGCUGAGCAGAGGAGGCUGAAGAAUGUUUUGGAGCUGCAGUUCCUCCUGGACCGUCUGGGAGACGAAACUGUGAGACAGGACCUAAAGCAGGGACUUGGGGGGUCAAUGCUGCUCACAGAUGUGGAUCUGACUGCCUUCGAUGAGUUCUACAAGUUGGUGGGGCCAGACCGAGACCAAAAAAUCAGAUUGGUUGACCAGUAUGAAGAAGCGUCAGUGCACCUUUGGGACCUGCUGGAAGGAAAGGACAAGGCUGUGGUUGGCACGACAUACAAGGCCCUGAAGGAAAAGUUGGAGCAGCUUUUGCUGAGCGGUUACUUUGACCAGGUGCGAACUCACCAAAAUGGAGUUUGUGAGGAGGAGCUCAAGGAAGGAGAAGGGCCGAGUGGUGAGGAAGCAGAUGGGGAAGUUGAAGUACUGGCAGCGACCUUGGUUCCAGAAACGGCGGCUGAUUCGUCAGAAGCUGAAGAGCAACCUGUUGAUGCAGAAACCGAAAUCAUUGAAGAAUUUGUGGAACCAAUGGCUGUGGAAACAAAAGAGUUUGUAAACAGACAGUUCAUUCCCAAUAGCACAUACAGCAGCAGUGAGCAAGAGCAAGGUGAUGAGUGGACCACAGAAACAGAGGUGAUGACCGUCAUGCAGCAGCCACCGGUGCAGUCGGCCCCUCCCGCCAUUGUCAUGGAGGCCCACCCACUGACCAUGGUGGCCCCUCCGCCGCCGCCAUCGACCGACCCCAUGGUCAGGAAGCAGGUUGUGCAGGACCUAAUGGCACAGAUGCAGGGAACUUACAAUUUCAUGCAGGAUUCCAUGCUGGAGUUUGACGGACAGGCCAUCGACCCUGCUAUUGUAUCUGCCCAGCCCAUGAAGCCUGGUCAGACCAUCGACCUGCCACAGUACAUGUGUUCUCCAGUUCAUCCCGACUCUCGGCUUUCGCAACCUAACAAUGUUCCUGUUCAAGCUGAGCCCGCACAUGUACCCAUCGUCUCCCCAGCACCGACACCCAUGUAUCAAAACUCACACAUGCCAGAUUCCCGAACAACCGAAGCCGUCGACCCCAUCCAGACGUCCAUGACGUUAGCAGCAGAGCAGCCCCCCUCCUCGGCGCCUCUCCCACCUGCGUCACAGACCCCCGUCUACCAGCCUGUUCCCAAAGCUCCUCACAGCAGCGGCAUCAACGUCAACGCAGCACCAUUCCAGUCAAUGCAGACGGUGUUUAACCUCAAUGCACCAGUCCCGCCCGUGAGUGAGACAGAGGCCUUGGGCCAGCCCGGCCAGUACCAGAACAGCUUCAACCAGGCCUUCAGCAGUCAGCCUCAGCAUCCUGUUGAACCAGCAGAGAUGCAGCCGGAACAACUGCAAACUGUUGGUGCCUUUCAUUCCCAAGACCAGUCUGCAGGCCAUCAGCAGCCUUCACAGCAAGGCCCAGGAUUCAACAGGCAGCCUCAGUCCUUCUACAACAGUAGAGGGAUCUCACGUGGUGGACCCCGCAACGCCAGAGGUCUGAUCAACGGUUACAGAGGCUCAUCCAAUGGCUUCAGAGGUGGCUAUGAUGGUUAUCGCCCUCCUUUUUCCAACACUCCUAACUCUGGUUAUGGACAGACCCAGUUCAACACAACCCGGGAUUACUCAAAUGGCAAUUACCAGAGGGAUGGUUACCAACAGAACUACAAGCGUGGAGCUGGCCAGGGACCCAGAGGCGCUUCGAGAGGCAACGCUCAGGCAAUGAGAUCGUGA